UUGGUAUCUUUAUCCCUUGUGACCAUAUGAUUGAGACAAAAGGCUUAUCUAUUCUACCUCGACCUUGUGAGGUUCCUUGUCCUAUAGUAAUGUUUAAUAAGAGAUAUGGAUGUGGCUUACAUUUUUUUCACAAAUACCCAGCUGCAAUAGCUUUUGUACGAAACGAACAUGGUGAUUUUACAUGUAGUAAUCAACAUCAAAAUAAACAGUUCCACGCUAAUUUGACAUUUGACCGAUGGAUAAAAAAAGAAUCAAAAUCGAUAUUCUCCUCAAGAACGGGCAUCUCUUAUAACUCAAAAUAUGUUGUUUGCAAUUCAAAUCGUAAACUCAGACCUGGACGUACUCACAUUUAUCACAAACUUAUGAAUAACUUCCAACUAACUCCAAGUCCUAAUCUGAGGACAGCUAAAAAGCAGCAAAUUAGAUUCGAACGCUCUUGUCAUCGUAUCUUAUCACAAGAAGUUACUAAACCAGGAGCUGUUUCCAGUACAUCAACGAAACUGGCCACGGCUAAAAAAGGACGAUUCCUUUUCUUACCAUCUCAAAAAUUUACGACUCCUCUCAAACACUUACGUUAUAAGAAAACUGUUGAUAUUCCCAAACAAAAGGAUUAUAAUUUUACUAUUCCUCAUUAUUUUGGUACUAAUACGAAUACGACCAGCCGACCAAAGGCUACAAGUAAUUUUUCCAUUGCCACAGCUACGACUUCAGCUUCAGUUCUUAACAAUGAAAUAUUAUAUACGGUCGCUCCUUAUAAUCCUACUCCGGACAUGUUUAUUCCUCUCAAAUAUCGAGAUAUAAUACCACCUGAUCCUAUUUAUGAUCAUUUUGGUUCAUUUAUUGCCCUGGCUUUAGGGAAUGAUACCCAUGAUGAACGCCUUAGAAAAGCAGAUGAUGCUAAAUUUACCGCUAGAAUUGAUGAACUUACUGUUGAAGGUGAAGCUUCUAGAGUUCGUUAUCAACAGCAUCUAGAAGAACGUUCAAAGGAAAUAACCGAUCUUAUAAUACAAGAAGAUAUUAGAAUUCAUGAUUUAGCCUUAUACCAUGGCACUAGUUCUAAAAACAAAAAGAAAAGCAAAAAGAAGAAACUCUUACAAUCGGAAAUAGAUUCUUUUUUUAUUAACUACCCUGGCGUAUUAGCUCCUCUUAGUUUAAAGUGUAUUACCACACGAUCAGUAUUCUUUUAUAAGGAUAAUACACUCCCUACCGAGUCAUCCACGUCCGAUGACACCAAAGAAAUUGAAUACCGUCCUUCGAAACAUAAUGAUCGCAACUUUGAUAAUAACUCGAGUUCUUAUGGCAUACGUAAACGCUCUCGCCUAGAUACUCCUUUAGCUCUUGAUUCUGAGCAGGCAGGAUCGUCUAAAUAA